ACCGCCGGUAAACUAAAAGUAGAAAACGAAGAAGAAGCUUUCAACUUUAUUGGGGAUGAAUGUUCACGACUAAUGUAGAGAGGGUUGUUUUGAAACGUCAAGUGCGUUCAAGUUGCGUGAGUCCGUGUGACACAUCGGUUCGGAGGUCGACAGCUGACUUCUGGUUGUACUCUGUCCUUUGCUUGAGCAUCAUUUGGUUUAGCUGAGCGGCGAUAAUGGCUUCGCUGGGGAACUCGGCGGCCGCCUCGUCGAAUAGCAGCAGCCCCAUGGUAGUGCUGGUACCCCAAACCAAGACGAAAAAGAAGCACUUUGUCCAGCAGAAGGUCAAAGUGUUUCGAGCCAGCGACCCUGUCCUCAGCGUCUUCAUGUGGGGCGUCAAUCACUCGAUUAAUGAUCUGAGCCAGGUUCCAGUGCCUGUCAUGUUGCUCCCCGAUGACUUCAAGGCCAACACAAAAAUCAAAGUGAACAACCACCUCUUCAACAAAGAAAAUCUUCCUGGACACUUUAAAUUCAAGGAAUACUGUCCUCAAGUCUUUAGAAAUCUUAGAGAACGCUUUGGUAUAGAAGAUCUGGACUAUCAGGUGUCUUUGACCCGCAGCCCCCCAACGAGAAGUGUCAAUGACCAAGGGGAGGGGCUGCUCCUCAACUCCUACGACCGCACACUGAUCGUCAAGCAAAUCUCUGGCGAGGACGUGGCCGACAUGCACAACAUACUAUCGGAUUAUCACCAGCAUAUAGUAAAGUGUCACGGGAGUACCCUGCUGCCUCAGUUCCUGGGAAUGUACCGUGUUAGCGUGGAGAGUGAAGAGACCUAUCUGAUUGUCAUGAGGAACAUGUUCAGCCACAGAUUGGUGGUACACAGGAAGUAUGACCUAAAGGGUUCACUGGUGGAUCGGGAAGCAAGCGACAAAGAACGAGGUAAAGAGCUUCCCACCUUUAAGGACAAGGACUUCAGGAACAACAUGCAGAAGGUGUACGUCACAGACGAGCAAAAAGAGAAGUUCAUAGAGAAACUUAAUCGAGAUGUGGAAUUCCUGGUGAAGCUGAAGAUCAUGGACUACAGCCUGCUGCUCGGUAUCCACGACGUCGGCCGCGCUGAAAGGGAGGAAGAGGAAGGCGAAGAGGUUUCCAACGAGGAAGACCAGGAGAGUGAGAACGGCUUGGCCCCUGGCCCCACCGUGGGAUCUUACGGCACGUCUCCGGAGGGGAUCGCCGGUUACAUGUCCUGCUGCAAACCUCUCGGGCCCGGCGAGUUUGACCCUUAUGUGGACGUCUAUGCUGUCGCAAGCUGCCCUGGAGCCCCUCAGAGGGAGGUCUACUUCAUGGGCCUGAUCGAUGUCCUGACUCAAUAUGACACGAAGAAGAAAGCAGCUCAUGCGGCCAAGACCGUUAAGCACGGGGCGGGCGCCGAAAUCUCUACCGUACACCCCGAGCAGUACGCCAAACGGUUCCGGGAUUUCAUCUCCAACAUUUUUGCAUAAAUGACAUGCCUUGCUAUUGACCAAAAUUGGUGUGCCCAGGCAAUAUUUUGAAUUUGUUGACAUGAAGACGACCUCCAUUGCAGAGAGACAGUAUAGCGUGCUUCAUUAUUAUGUGCUUCGUUAUUUCUCUGAAGGGAAGAAAUCUGGAUCUUUAAAUGACCCUGUUCAGUGUUCACUGUUCAAGUGCACAAUCGUUUCUUCCUUUUACAGUAAAGAUUGCAUUCGAAAAGGAAUUGCCUCUCCAAAGGUGGCCCUUCUGGCAACUUCCCUUUGGCACUAGAGGCCGCUGUUGCGUAGUACUGGCAUACAAGUCCGGGAACUAGGCAAUAGGUUCCCAGUGAUUAAUUCAAACUCUCUUGAACCGUAGCCCAUGAUCUUCAACUUCACUAGGAACUGAAGACGAGCGUUGUCAAACUGUGGAAGGUUUCUCUUAGUGGAAGCAAAACAAUAUGAAUGAAACUUGUGGGAAAGAGAGUCAAAUGACCAGCCUGUAAAUGAACUCAAUAUGUACAAAACCGCAUGUCGUUCGCAAGCACACUGACGUACAUUCCGGGAAGACAGAGCGUCACAGUUUUCUCUUGGAAGCAAAUGAUGAUUAAUGAGCAGUUUCAGAGGCCACAUGGCAGACUUGAAUGAGUCACUAACUUCCUGACGUGAGUCUCGGCAACAAAGUGAAUCAAGGAAUUUCUUGGACCUUGAAUGGAGAUGAAUUAAGGUUGCCCUAAUGACGUGCAUGAGAGAUGACAAAUGAGUGCCAAAAUGUGUGCCAUGUCCCCAAUCACGCAUGCAAAAUUGGCACUUGACUGUGACAGAAGUGCAAGGAAUGAAUUUGUUUGAAAAGAUUACACUACUUGUUAAUAUUUGAUUUAAAUAUUUAAUAUAUGCAAUUUGAAUUAAAAGCAUAUCAUAGUGGUAGUUUA